UGGAAAUUGUAUCUGAUGAAAUAACAUAUAUGGUGGCACUCCUAGAUAUUAAUAUUUUUGUAAAUGUACUAAUAGCUGUGUAUGAUAUGGUUAAAUGUGAUGAGUUUUUAUUAUUUGUUUCCGGUGAUGUUCCAAAUAAGGGGAUUCAUAUGGGAUUAAAAUCUGGUUUUUACAUAUCUAACUGGGAUGAUUGGAAUAGAUAUUAUGUUAACUGAUUUUGCUGUAGGUAGCCUUAUGGGUGGAUUGUUUAUUGGUGGUGUCAGUAAUCAUUUGCUGUUUUUUGUUGUUUUUCAGUUUAAGAGAUGAAUACACUCAAGAUGGUACAACUAAUGUUAUAUGGGUAAUGACGGAAGUGCCUAUUCCACAUCUCAGGAGGACCUUAAUGGAUUGCAACUGGUAUGACAUAUGUUGUAUUAAUAUUAUAGAUGUAUUAUGUGAAUGGUUUAUUUCUUAUAUAUAUGUGCGUGUAUGUGUGUGUGUGUUAUCUGUUUGUUUGUUGAUGGACCAUGGAUCACAUUGGGACUUUAGUAUGCAUGUGGUAAGGAAAAUUUCUGGGGUAAGUGCUUUGUCACAUUUAGGGUUGAUGCUGGCUUCACAGAUAUUCUCAGACAUUUGGGGACAAAUUGACUGGCGUUCUGUGAUCUUGUGAGAUGGUCUGUGGUGUUUUCCUGUAAAGAUGAUAAUGACAAUAGAUGAAUAAUAUGAGUGACUAUAUGGCUGAAACCCAUAUUAAAGAUUGCUGGUGCAGGAUGUUGGUCUUCUUUUAAUGUGAAUACUGACGUGAUCUGAGCCUCCCAGGGGACAUGGUGGGGAAAAAAAUUAGGUGAGAAAAAAAAAAUAAUAAUAAUUUUUGCGAUAUCUCGAGAAAGUUUUGCGUUAUCCUGAGAAAACAAAGUAUUUCCUGUUUUUAUAGUGUUUCCGGGUCAGUUGACAGGAGCAGCCAUGGAGGAGGAUGUCCUGCAGUUUCUAGAGUCACGACAGAUCCCUAAAGAGGAUAUUAUCCGUAUGCAAAGGGACAAGAUUGAUAAGGCAGUGCUGACCAUUAUGACGGAUGAGCAAAUGGCUAAAUAUCUCCCCUCAUAUGGUGAUAGAGUUGCCACCCUUUCCUUUUGCUGCCAAAGAAAUAGCAGCACCAACACUGACAAAGACAUUCUACUUCAGAGACUGAAAGAAAAAAUUGGAACACGGAAAAUGAAAUCAAAAACAAAAAGAGCACUCACUGACACACGAAAUGCACCACAAACUAAAAAGGACAUGACACGAUCCGGGAAUACCUCAGCUGAGAAGACUACCAGGAAGAUUGAAGUUGGGUGGCUUCAUUUUAGCAGUAACCAAUAUCAUCAAGUGAGGACCAGAAAUGGUGGUGGUACGAGACAUACAACAGUGGAAAAAACAACUGUUGCCCAGAUUUUGGAAAUGGCAAAAGGACUAUUUUUUCCAAACGGGAAUUCAACGAAAGGACCUGUUGAGGACUUUACUUUCACUAUCUGUGAUUUUAAAAGAAACCAGAUACCUAUGGAGGACACUGUUGGCAACAUCUAUGAACAAACCAAACUGAGGCUGCUUAGAUUUUAUCUUUGCUCAAAAGAAGCAGAAGUGGAUGAAGAUGGAGGUUUUUCUUCUGAGGUUUUCAGUGAGGAAGAAGCUCUGCAGGCCACUGUACAUGAUGUCAGUGAUCCCACUGGAGAUGUGCUGGAACUGAGAUCGUCAUCUGAUAGUGACAAUGAGGAACAGGCUGUGGAUUUUCCAGUACUACAUCCAAUUUCAAGAAAACAAAGAACAUCUGAGACUGUGGCUUCUCAAAGUCCAGAGAGAUUACAUCAUCUUUGUUCAACCCCAACACACACCAGUCACAGUUCCAAACAAUUACAACCUAACAAAGGGUGUUCUGAAGGUUUUGAGGUUCUAGGAAUGGAUGAAACUGUGGAAUGGGACCCAGAAGAUCACACCAGCAGAGAAAGUGAUGACAACGUAGUUGUGAUCACACUGAAUUGUGACCAAGAGUAUGAAGCACAGAGUUCCCAGCACAGUGAAUUACUGCUGAAAGGCUUACAUUUCCAGCUGUCUGAUGACCUGUAUACCGUACAGAAGCAGUCCGCAGAGGAAUCAGUCCAAAAUGUACAGCAGAUGCAUUUCAGCUGGAGGUUGAACAUGCAGCCUCGCACGAUCUUCAAUAUGGAGGAGGAAUCACUUGUUUCUGAGCCUCAAAAUGAAUGUCAGGAAAACGCACACCCCAAAGAAGAGCGAAACCAGCGAUUUUCAACAUUCACGAAAAAAAUGUCCCAACUGAGAGUCUUCCUACAGACUGGGAAGUACUCCAGUGAUACAGACAAAAAGGACCAUCGCAACAUCAGGAACCAGUCCAAGAAGCACGUUUGGGAUGAAGACAUUAUCGAAGUCUUCCAGUAGUAUCAUUCAUCACCAAUGGGCGGCCACAGUGGUGUCAACAACACUUUAGCCAAGAUAUCCCAGUAUUAUUGGUGGAACGGGAUGAAAGAAGAUGUCCAGGAAUAUGUUUCUUCAUGUGAUCGGUGUCAGCGAUUUGAGAAGCUCAAGACCCAAGCCUCCGAGCUACAAACCAUCAAAGUCCCCUGCCUACUACAGACACAUUGUACAAGUAUGUGCUCACCUUCACAGAUUAUUACACCAAGUUUGUGGACUUUUUCCCCCUGAAGAACAAGUCAGCCGAGGGUGUAGCUGCAUGUCUGAAGACAUUUGUUUGCAGAUGGGGUGCUCCACAGAGAUUACUGUCUGACCAGGGUCGUGAGUUCGUAUCUCAGAUAAACAACGAGGUCUGCAAAGUCUUCAACAUCAAGCGAUCUGUAACCAGUGCGUAUCACCCACAGACGAAUGGCUUGGACGAGCGGACGAAUCAAACACUGAAGGCCCGACUUGCCAAGCUGGUGAAUGACCACCAGUCCGAUUGGGACGUGUACCUGGAAGAAGUCGCGUACUCGAUUCGCACCCAGAAACAAGGCUCUACCAAGUACACCCCGUUCUUUUUGAUGUUUGGUCGCCACCCUCGCCCCCCUAUGGAGCUCGGCACUGAUGAUCUUGAGCUGCCAGUGGUCGAUGACAUGGAGAUAGAGAAAAUGGUGGCCGAGAAGAGCAGCAUCAUGUCUUCCACGAAAAAGCAGGUUCAGCUGCAAUCUGAGGAAGAUAUUUCUACCUCUGCUUCCAGAGAAUGGAAAGAACCAAUGUUCUAAGAUCGUUGGAGACGUCGUGUAAUGAAGAACCUGAGCCGCAAGGGGGGAAAGACUGAACCUUUGUGGACUGGUCCCUACAGCAUCCUGGAGAUCGAUUCAAACCAGAGAGUCCAGCUCAAGUACUGCCAGAGAGGAGAGGUCCUUAAAGUGAAGGUGCCCUAUGACCAGCUAAGACCCCAUAAAGUCAGCGACCUUCAUCCAGACAACUCUCCAGAAAAUUCCCCCCCAGUCUCACCAGCCCCCGAGUCUCCAGCAUCUGUCGUGACCCCACCUGCAGCCCCUGAGUCUCCAGUGCCCCCGCCUGCAGUCAGUGUCCCCAUCUUCGCCGCCGUAUCUCCCAAAGCGAGCAGCCAAAAGAAAAGCUGCCAUCUUCAUAACAAGUGUGACCGCCCCCAAAUCCCGCAAAGUAGGCCCCGUUCCCAUCACGAAAUGUGCAAGCAAGAUCAAGAAUGUGGAAGCCCUUUGCUCCAGACUUCAAACAGACAGCUGGCUCGAUGAUGAGCAGAUAGACCACGCCCAGGCAAUGUUAGCCGAAAGUUUCCCCGCAAUCAGUGGAUUUCAAGCAGUCUGUGUUUUUGAGCCAGUUGCAAGCCAGAAUGUCGGCAAGCCGAACACAGACUUCGUCCAGGUUCUCAACAUAUCUGGAAAUCACUGGGUCACCCUGAGCAAUCUUGGCCAAGCUGAUCACAACGUGAUCGUGAUUUACGACUCUUUGAACAGUUCUCUCCCCCUUGAUUCCAGGGAUAAGGUUUUGAGGCAGAUUGCAUGCAUGAUUCACACAAGAGAGCCACACGUGUGUAUUCGGUGGGCAGACAUAAAGAGACAGACUGGCUUGGAUGACUGCGGUCUCUUCGCGAUUGCAUAGGCCACUGCUCUUUGCCACGGCCUUGCGCCACAAGACUGUGACUGGGACCAACAUAUGAUGCGCCAACAUCUCGCUGACUGUUUUAGACAAGAUGUCCUGCUCCCCUUCCCUGAUGCCCCGAAGCCCCGUACCCACCAGUCCUUCACACACCAUGAAUAUUUUGACAUCUUCUGUCAUUGCCGCAUGCCAUAUGACCCAAAACGCUUCAUGGUGCAAUGUGACCUGUGCGAUGACUGGUUUCACCGACAAUGUGAAACAGUGCCCAGAAUAGUGCAGAAAAACACCCCAUUCUUCUGCAAGGGCUGUCACCCUCAGGGACACAAACUUCUCGCGGAUAAUUUUGUCGAUAGACUUUAGAUAUUUUUAUGUUCCCUGUUUUGUAAUAUGUUUUUUUGGUAUUUUUUUUUUUUUGUAAACUUGGUAUUUAUAUAAUGUGUAAUGAUUCCUUGGUAGGGUGAAUAGGGUGAAUUUGAUUUUAUUAUUAUAGGGGUAGUUGAAGUCAUUUGUAUAUGCAGCCUCAAAUGUUUGGAAAUUUGUAUAUAGCUUGGUGUUCAUGUAAGUUUUAUUGUUUCUUGUUGCUAUUAGUAAAUGUGUGAAUAAAGAUAAUAAAAAAAUUA